CGCAUCACGUGACUCAUCGCCGUCCUUAUAAAUAAGGUGAGCAUUUAGAGCUAGAGAUGCAGAGGGAUCUCAGAGAGAAUCAUUUAACCUGGAGAUCAAUCAUUAGCGUGAGAUCCAAGUCGCAGGAAUUUCUUCUGACUAUGAUGAGUCCGUUCCAGCAGAUUGCGCUUGUCGCCGCGAUGCUCGUGUGCGCGCUCGGAGCUCCAGUGCGCGUCACCGACCCGAACUACUCGGAGGGCAAAAGUCUGGCAAUGAAGCUCAACCAAAAGGCGAGAUAUUUAUACGAGGAGGUCGAGACCCCGAACAUGGUGGCUGCAGUCAGCGACCCUCCUCUGAUGAUCAGGCCUGAGGACAAGUGCGAUCCUGAAAGUCUUAAGGCAAAACCUGAGAUUUGCCUGUCCAGGGUUGUUCUUGCAUUAAAGAAUUACAGCAGGAUCUUUGGGGACAGUGGACUGUUCCAGGGCUACAACACCAAAUGUGACAAGUGGAGAGCAAAUGCUACAGCUAUAGCCGAGGUGACAGAACAAAUCCUGGAAGCACUACAGGAGCCAUCAGAGACUCCGACACCUAUAAUGAUCGAUAACUGGAUGACCGAGGGCUACCUGUGCCGUGACAGCGUCCAGCGCCUGUAUUCUUUCUCCAUCGUCACGGCUCGUGUUUUCAGCCACUUGUCUUCACUUCAACAGUCAGCCUAGACGAUCACGUGUUAUCAUGUGUUAAACCUGCUGCAUUAAUUUUUUAAACGUUGUCGUUUCUUCGCAGAAAUGUUCUCACAAAGUAAUCAUCAUAAUGAUAUUUCAAUUUUAAUAUUUAAAUGGCGUGAAAUUCGCUUCGUAAAGAAUCUUUAUAUUUUGCGUAACACGUAUUUAUUGAUGUACCUAUUUAUUUCAACAAUAUUUAUUUUUAUUUAUGAAUUCAUUAAUUCGUGCGUUGAGUCAAUUAUUUAAUGUUACGAUGUAACUUUGGAGUUUUUUGGUGUGUUUUUUUUUUUCAAAAACAUAUUUAAUAAACCUGUAACUAAGCUGCA